AUGAUCUUCUUCCUCACCAUCUUGAAUCUUGCUCACAUCCUAAAGGAAGUAUGCCCAACUACUCCAUUAGAAGCAAUCACUCCUGAAACUGAAGCUACCAAGCAAGCGUGGUUGCAUUCGGACUUUCUAUGUCGCAACUACAUUCUAAGUUGCUUGGAUGACAUCUUGUAUAACGUCUAUUGCAAUGCCUUUGAUACUUCAAGGCAAUUGUGGGAGGCAUUAGACAAGAAGUAUAAGCUGGAAGAUGCUGGAUUGGUCAUUAAUGAACCAUUCCAAGUUGCUGCUGUGAUUGAAAAAUUGCCUUCUGCUUGGAGAGAAUUCAAAUUUUAUCUGAAACACAAGCGAAAGAAGUUGUCCAUGAAAAAUCUUACUGUGAAACUCCGUAUUGAAGAGGACAACAGAAAGGGAGACAAAGAGCCACAAAAAGUUGAAGCUAAAGCACAUAUUGAUGAAGCUUCAAGGCAUCAUCCAAAGAAGCAACAUUCCAAGACAAAAAACGUGAAUCUUGGACUAAGGAAUGACGCUAACAAGCGCAUUCGUGGAAUCUACUGCGUUUGUGGUAAAAGUGGUCAUAUCGCUGCAAACUUUAGACAUAAGAAGGGACAAAGCUCCAACAACCAGGCCAACAUUGUGGAACAUGACAACCUAAUAACUGUCAUCUCUGAGGUAAAUAUGACCUUUGACACCAAAGGCUGGUGGAUUGAUACUGGUGCUACUAGGCACGUUUGUGGGGAUAAAUCAUUGUUCACCACUUAUGAGAUGCUAGAUGGUAGUGAUAAACAGUACAUGGGAAAUGCUUCAACAGCCUCAGUGGAAGAUAGCUGA